AUGUCUUUGAGCAACAAUGCAGUGAGCCUAUCGCAUGCGGACUCCCCACGCCAGCGCGAUCAUUCAAUCGCUCUUCCGUUUGAUAUUGUCUCAUCGCCCCAAGAGAUUCCCAUCUACAGCGAGCCUUCUACCAGCGCUGAUAACAUGCAUCUGCUAGCUCCCAAAGACAGAUCCAGAGCCCCAAGUCGGCUACGGAACAUCGUCGGCGACGGUGAUAAUGACGAAGAAGACGAUAAUGGCUCGUCCGUAACUUCUGAGGAUGAAGAUGAACGACCAUGGUACAAACGGCCUUCACCAUGGUGGAUACUCCUCAUAUCUGGCUUUGCGACUUGCUUAACGUCAAUGACCGUCGCCGCGAAAACAGAAGUCUUUAUUCUCCUCGUGUGCGAAGAGUACAGACCUGGAGUUGCGCCUUUCGACAAUAGUACUGGACCUAGUUACACCUCUGCUCCGUGGCAGCAUCCAACAUCUGAUUUGAACGUUCUCUUUCGCAAUGGGGGAUUGCACCCUCAGUAUGGAGCCAAAGUCCCCCGUCCUACAUCACUGUGUCGUGCCGAUCCGGAAGUUGGCCGUGACGUCGCGGAACUGGGAACGAUGGUCGCUCUGGUGUUGGGAAUUCUUUCCGUUUUAACCACCGGAUUUUGGUCGAAAUUGUUAGAUAGCAAAGGUCGCACAUGGGUUCUUAGAUUUGUUGCUCUUGGAUCGGUCUUAUCAGACAUCAACUUCAUCGCCGUCACGCUCCGUUCUCGCAGGGUCGCAGGCAGCUAUAAUCGAUUUGUAUGGAGCUCCAUCGCUGAUGGACUGGUUGGGGGGACCAUGACGAGGUCAGCGGCAGCGCAUGCCUAUGUCAGUGAUUGCACCCAUCCGACAGCGAGGUCUCGUGUGUUUUCUCUCUACUUGGGUAUUGCAGUUAUAGGGCUAUCAAUCGGUCCAGCCCGUGAGUCCUUCACUUCUAGUGUUGCAUCUCAUUCACUUCCUUUCAUGAUGCCUCUGCCUCAAGUCGGAGGUGUCAUUAUCUCACGAACAGGUAACCUUCUUACGCCUUUCUACGUUGCUACAGCAGGCCACGUUGUCUACUUUCUUGUUGUGUGCUUCCUGGUUCCCGAAUCACUCUCUAAACGUCAAAUGACCAUCAUCACAGAGAGGAGAAAGGCAGAAGAUGAUUUGAGCAGGGAGGAGAUAACCAGAAGCUCACGUAGGAUUGGGUUGCGAGUAGGGAGGGUUGCGAGAGCUUUGGGGGGGUUUCUGGAGCCUUUGAUGGUGUUUGCUCCUGUUAAUAGGGAGCAGAGUGGGAGCGUUCGGAAGAGGGAUUGGAAUUUACUGUACAUUGCUGGUGCUUCUGCGUUUGUGGCAUUGCUUGUUGGCUCUCCACAGUACAAGUUCCAGUAUACUGCCGCUUUAUUUGAUUGGACCUCUGAGGAGAUUGGAUAUUGGGUGAGUGCUGUUGAAGUCGUCCGGUUUUUUCAUCUCGUCAUAUUACUGCCGUUAAUAACCAAAAUUUUUGGUCCGAGGAAUGCUGACCUUCGUGCCCAAGAUGUCGCAUCAGGCGAUCAGAACCAAUCCACCACGAGUGGCAGCCCCGAACAACCACCACACAUCCACUCAUCUCGUAGCGACUCUCCUGACCCCUUAUAUAACUCAGGUGUCAGCUCACGGUACACAACCCAUAACGCCCUGUUCGACCUUCGCAUCGCUAAGGGAUCACUGAUGGUAGAGGUGAUCACCUCCUUUUUGACGAGUUUGUCCUUCGGACCUAGAAUGUUCUGUGUUGCAACGAUCCUUUCAUCGUUCAGUGCCGGAUUUGCACCUGGGUAUCAGAGUUUGGCGUUGUCGCUUAUGCCAAGAGGGAGUGCUGAUGCUGGGAAGCUCUUCGGUGCAUUUUCAGUUAUCCAUUCGUUGGUACACAUUGCUGGACCUGCCGUAUAUGGUGCAACCUACAUCCUGACCAACGUCUGGCUUCCUCAAGGGAUAUUUUGGCUAUCUUUUCUCAUUUCCUCUGCUGCUCUCGCACUGUUCUCGUUCAUUAGACUUCCACCCGCUCUGCCGCACACCAGGGGCAUUCCUUGA